UCUGCGCCUGCCCCUCUGCCCGGCCCAUCAUGCCAUUGCUGGAUUUUUUCUGGGCUUGCUUCAAAAGAGCCAAGUGUUUCACAUUGCUAGAAGAUAAAAAAGAUGCAGAAAUCGAAGCCAAGAAAGCUUGUGACUGGCUGCGAGCGGCGGGAUUCCCUCAGUAUGCCCAGCUUUACGAAGACUCGUCGUUCCCUCUCGACAUCAGCGCUGUGAAGAAGGACCACAGCUUCCUGGACCAGGACUCCCUCAAAUCCCUGUGCAGGAGGCUGAUGACCCUGAACACAUGUGCCUCCAUGAAGCUGGAAGUCCACUUUCAACGUAAACAGAAUGAAGACUCCGAGGAGGAAGACCUGUGCGCCAUCAGUGACCGGUGGGCUUUUCAGAGGGACAGCAAGAGGUGGUCCCGGGUGGGGUCCGUCGACGUCCUCUCCCAGGGCUCUGAGGUCCUGAGCUCCACCAUGCGGCUGGCGUCCAGCCACGAGAGCGUCCUCACAGACCUCAGCACCAACCCGGAGGCUGUGUCCCUGCACAGCAGUGGCAGCACGCUGGGCGUUGGAGCCACGCCGCCCGACCCCCCGUCCCCCAUCCUCACUGCCGCCGCCAUCACCACCUCCAGCCGCAGUGUGAGUGAGCGCUCCUUGCCGGAGCAGCCCUCGAGCCACAGCGAGGGCUCCAAGGAGAAGCUGAAGAAGCGACGGUCUCGCAGCUUCCUAAAGAGGAUUGAGUCCCUCCGAAGGAAGGACAAAGAGAAAGCUGGCCCAGACGAGAAGGCGGCCCCACAUGGCAGCAUCACAGCCACAUCAGGAUGGGGGUCCCUGAAGGCUAAUGGGGACCUUGCAGCCAACAAGGGCAACUCCCCUAAAAGAGGAAUAUCUGCCUCUUUCCGUGGCAAAAAACACUUCUUCUCGGUAUCGUACAGGACUAACCGCUUGCUAGGUUCAGGCGGGAGCAAGGUGAGUUCUGACUCGAAACGCAGUGGAGUCUACCUGGAGGACUACGAAACAGCCGUGACAGCCAGCAGCUACUGGGCUGCUGGAGAGUGCCAGCACCGGCAGGCAUGCCGGGGGGAUUGCUUGGUCUAUAUCCCCCGGGACCACAAGCCGGGCACCUUCCCCAAAUCCCUCUCCAUCGAGAGCUUGUGUCCCUUGGGUGGCAGCUCCCUGACCCACUGGAAAUCGGGGAAUGCGCCUGUCGGGCUGGUGGGAGGUGGUGGGGGCGGCAGCAGCAGCAGCGUGGAGGGCUCGUGCUCCCCGCGGGGCUUCGCCUGCCGCCGGCGGCGGGGCUCCUGCAGCUCCCUGGGCAGCCGGGUCAGUGUGUACGACAACGUGCCAGAGUUCGGCAGCAGCGAGGAUUUCUGCAAGGAGGAUGGGGAGGUGACCUACGAGAACCUCGAUGACAUACUGCAGCACAUGUGGGGGCUGCAGCAGAAGGUGGAGCUCUGGUAUAAAGCCAUCUCCCCCGACCUGGCUGGGGAGGAAGGGGGCGAGGAGGAUGAGGAUGAAGAGUCGGACUCGGGAGGGGAACCCUCCAACCUGCACUUCGAAGAGCGGUCCAUGUCGGAUGUCGGCACCUCUGCCAGCGACUUUGACAGCACGGGCAACUCCCUCAACGAGGCUGAAGAGAUCGAGAUGCGGGAGCGCCGGGACUCGGGGGUGGGAGCAUCGCUCACCAGGCCCUGCAGAAAGCUGCGCUGGCACAGUUUCCAGAACUCGCACCGGCCCAGCCUGAACUCUGCCUCCCUGGAGAUCAACCGCCAGUCCUCUGCCCAGCUCAACCUGCUCCAGAAGUGCUCCCUGCUCCGUCUCACGGCCAUCAUGGAGAAGUACUCUGUGCCCCACAAGCAAGCCUGGACGUGGACUGUGCCCAAGUUCAUGAAGCGGAGUAAAGUCCCCGACUACAGGGACAAGAUGGUCUUCGGGGUGCCGCCCAUCAUCAACGUGCAGCGGACGGGGCAGCCCCUGCCGCAGAGCAUCCAGCAGGCAAUGCGCUACAUCCGCAGCCAGUGCCUGGACCAGGUUGGCAUUUUCCGAAAGUCAGGGGUGAAGUCCCGGAUUCAGGCGCUCCGGCACAUGAAUGAAACCAGCCCUGACAAUGUCAACUACGACGGGCAGUCGGCGUACGACGUGGCUGACCUGCUGAAGCAGUAUUUCCGCGACCUGCCAGAGCCCAUCUUCACCAGCAAGCUGACGGACACCUUCCUGCAGAUCUACCAGUUCGUGUCGAAGGAGCAGCGGCUGCAGGCGGUGCAGGCAGCCAUUAUCCUCAUGCCGGACGAGAACCGGGAGGUGCUGCAGACCCUGCUCUACUUCCUGAGCGACAUCGCUUCUGCGGAGGAGAACCAGAUGACCGCUGGGAACCUGGCCGUGUGCCUGGCCCCCUCCAUCUUCCACCUCAACGUGUCCAAGAAGGAAAGCACCUCGCCGAGGGUGAUACAUAAGAGGGGCACCAUGGGGAAGCCUGACCAGAAGGACCUCAACGAGAACAUGGCUGCGACGCAGGGGCUCUCCCACAUGAUCACUGACUGCAAGAAGCUCUUCCAGGUAUCCCAUGACAUCUUGCUCCAGCUGAGCAGCUCGUAUAUGGCAGCAGAUGCUUACCCCCAUCCCCUGGCUGACUUCGUGUGUCAGGGGGAAAGCAAGGAUUUACACUCCUACUUCGAGCAGAGCGUCCAGAGCCUGCUCAAAGAAUCGUCGGAGAAAUUCAAGGGGUGGCUGAGCACCCCGGGGCCCCUGAACACAGAGCUCUCCUGCAAAAAGGUUGGGGAUGGGCACCCUCUGCGCUUGUGGAAGGUCUCCACAGAGGUCGAGGCCCCUCCCGCCACCGUGCUGCACCGGGUGCUUCGGGAGCGUCACCUCUGGGAUGAGGACCUGCUGCAGAGCAAAGUGGUGGAGGCCCUGGACAAGAACAUGGAGGUCUACCACUACGUCACGGACAGCAUGGCACCCCACCCGCGCAGGGACUGCGUGGUGCUCCGGCGCUGGCGCACGGACCUGCCACGGGGAGCCUGCCUGCUCAUCUCCAUCUCGGUGGAGCACGACAAGCUGCCGGUGGAGGGAGGCGUCAAAGCUGUCGUGCUGAUGUCCCAGUACCUCAUCGAGCCCAGCGCCAUGGGACGCUCCAAAGUGACCCACAUCUGCAGAGCUGACCUCAGGGGCCGAUCUCCCGAGUGGUACAACAAGGUCUUUGGCCACCUCUGCGCCAUGGAGCUGGCGAGGAUCCGAGACUCUUUCCCAGCCCUGAGUCCCAAUGGUCCCGAGACGAAGAUCUGAGGCACCAGGAAGAUGCUCUGUCCUGUCUGACGUGGACUUGCUGGUGGAUCCGGGCUGGGGCUCUCAGAGGGGAGCACGGUGCAGGCAGCCAGCCGUGGAGGGGGAGGCAGAGGCUGGUGCGCUUGCAGGCACAUAUUUAUAAGCAUCCUUUUACCCUGGGCUGGGCAUUCCCCAUCCCACCGUCCCUGCUUCUGCUUCAGCCGCCCCUUGCUCAAGCGCGCUGCUGCACAGCAGGUUGGCCGCAGAGGGCGAAGCCGUGCAGCCCAUGGUCUCGGCAGGAGGGGUUGGUGAGCAGAGGGAAAGAGAGGGGCUGUGGGGGUGACCCCCCAGGAAGGCAGCCUGCGGGCAGGGCUGGGAAGCAGCCGGCCCAGGCUGACCUGGGUCCCCCCAUGCGAGCCGGGAGCAGCCGCGGGGGCGAAGGUGUGUGGAGCGAAGCGGGAGGGCGCAGAGGCGCGGAUGAAGCGAGUGGGGAGGACGGUGCUGCGCCUGUAGGUCGCAGCGCUGUGUUGGGAAGUGAAGGAUGGGCAGCAAGGCGUGGAUCGUGUGCGGUGUCACCCAGCGGGGACAGCCAGGGAGUCACUGUGAGAACCUGCUUGGUAGUGGAAGAGGCUGCUGUUCUGGGAGGAGGGAGGCUACAUCUAGAUAUCUAGGUAUGCCUUGAGUGCCAGCCCUUGUCGAGUGGCAGAAGGAACCUAUUGCCAUUACCUCUGGUGCUGAAUUUCGUAGGAGAAGAAGAAAAAGCCCUCUAGUCCUGUGCCUUGCUCUUACUCGGCUAAAAGCCCUCUCUUGUGCACUAGGUUUCAGUGGGGGCUGGAUGGAUGAUGUUCCAAGGCAAGCCUGUCCCUCGAAACCAGCCCACCCGUCAUCUGGAGGGGGCAGGACAUGUCUAGAGCCCCAGGGCAGCUGCCCUUGUGGUUAGCUACAAGCUGGGAAGGGGCAGUGCCCCACCGGGCUGGUUACAAGGAGGCACCGUGGGAGGGAGGGAGGGAGGGAGGGAUACGGCCAGUGCUGCAGCUCCCAAUUCCUUGCUGCUGUUGGGGUUCACAUUGCACUGUCCCGGAGAGGGGAGGAGCGCAGAGCAGCCUUGCCAGCACCGGCUGCACCGCGGCAGAGCUCUGGGCUGAAAGCUUUGGCCAAGGCAGCCUGAGCACACCGAAGGGCUGUGCUCGUCCCAGCUAACGAGGGGACAAUGCAAGCAAAGCAUGGUAGCCCAAGCUGGGCCAAGUACGUGCCAGCUGCUCAGGCCGGGCUCAGUCCUGUCCUGGCCCCUGCAGUAAGGUAGUGUGGCAGGGAGGUGGAGUUGUCCUGGAUUCACCCCUCUUUGGGCAGCUACAGGUGGCAGAGCCCGUGCCCCUCCUGGGUGCAGAGCUACUCCCUGCAGAGACGUCCAUUCCCCUUCCCAUCCCUCCCUUUUCCUCCGCAGAGAAACCGUCUGCUGUAGCUAACAGCACCCGGGACCCGACCUGGUUUCUCCGUUCAGGCAGGGACCCAAGUUACCAGACAUCAUUCCAACUGGAAGGCAACAUGACCCACACGCGGGAGUGAUUCCCGGUGUCAGUUUUGCCGUAACACAUCCCAUCUGUCUCUCUUUUGGUGGAAAAAAAAAAGCAACCCAGCCUGUAUUCUGUGUUUUUAUAUAUAUAUAUUUUAUAUAUAUAAAAUAUAACUAACAUUUGGGGGAGUGAUUUUUCUCCUAAUAUUUUUUUAAAAUGUUUCUUUUUUUCUAUCUAUAAAUACUUGUACAGUUGGAAUAUUAAUAUAUAACUCUGGCGGUAGAGCUCAGCACCAGGUGAUGUUCACUUAAAAGACGUGUAUUUUGUAAUUAAGGGACUUUUGUUUUGUAUCAUAUGCAACUGCAACAGAUUGUUUGACUUGGAUCGGGGCUGCUCUUCC